AUGGCAGAACUUGCUGUUGGUACAGCAUUGCUUUCUAUUGAGAUCCUCUAUCCAGUUCUCAAGCAACAUCUGAAUCUCAAGAAAAAUGUUGAAGAUGAAAUUGAGAGUUUCGAAGGAUGGCUUAGAGCAAUGAAAGCCUUCCUUGAGGAUAAUGAAGACCGUGCUGAAUGCAGUAGGUGGCCUCACCAUAAAGUGGAACAAGUUCGAGGCAUUGCCUAUGACAUAGAGGAUGUUCUUGAGGAGUAUUCCCUUCAUUCAUCCUACAUAUUUCACAGCAAUAAAUUCACUCGGAAAGUCUUCGAAAUAGGGUCCUCUUGCAAGGGAGACUGGUUGGUUGGGAAGGUUGUAUAUGGGAUCUGGUCUAUUGCUUCCGAUUCACCUACUCUACUCGAUUGA